GGCGGUCGCUCUGCUCAGUCUGUCGGAGAAGAGCCCGCACAGUUUCUUGUUGUCCUGGAGUCUUGGAGUAGCCAUGGCGUCAGGCCUGCUCUGUGUUGUUGUUGCUUUGGCUUUAACUGUGGUCCUGGCCCCGAGUGUAUCCGCUGGAAGCCGUGACUGUCAGGCCUACAACGACCAACCCUAUAAAAAAUGCAACAUAGGAUUCUGCUGUGGUGCCUGCAUGAGCCGAUACUGCUGUCAGGACAGUUUCAUGAGGUUUUCUGAGGAUGAACAAGAAGUCUGUAGCUUUACCUUCAGCUAUAAUUCCUCACCGUUGCCCAUGGGCCUGGGUAUUGGAAGCUUCAUCAUCUUUUUGGUCAUCUUCAUCUCCUGUUGUGUCUGUCCUUGCUGCUGCAUGUACAAGAUGUGCCGCAAGCCAAGACCUGUGAUAGCGACCAGCACCCACACCACAGUGAUCACCACCACCACCCCGCAGCAGGCAAUCUCAAGACCUGGGCAGCCUCAGACCUACCCGGGGGGCCAGUAUCAAAUCUACCACCCUGUCCCAGUGCAGCCAGGUUACGGGCCUCAGCCGAUGCCCCAGGGUUACGGGCCUCAGCCGAUGCCCCAGGGUUACGGGCCUCAGCCGGUGCCCCAGGGAUACGGAGCUCAGCCGGUGCCCCAGGGCUACGGAGCUCAGCCCAUGCCGACACCACCCUCCCACGGACAGGCAAUGGGAGCAGCACCACCACCAACAUAUCAGGAAGCCACCGGCCCCGGCUUCCCUCCCAAACCGAUGCCGUACAGCCAGGCUGCGUUCGCCCCCGGCCAGCCGCCGUACCCCCCGCAGCCCACCGGCCAGCCGCAGCCCAAAGCGCCGCCUCCGCAGACCGGCUACCUGUCCCAGCCAGCGUACAACCCGGAUUACAAAGGCUAAUGGACCACAGUGCCACUCUCUUAGCCACUCUAAACAUGCCGCAGCAUUUUCAAACUUGGCAGGACUAAAGAUGUGUCAUUUGAAUCCAAGAUGAGAAGUGUCUCAGAGCCGUCGUGAUUCAUGUCUUUUGGUGGUUAAAUAUGGAAAUGUUAUCGUUGUUGUUGUACAUCUGUUCUGUCGAAGAGUUGCCAAGUGAAAAUGUUGAUGCCUCUCGGCUCCAAUUGCAUGGACUUACAAUAUACAAGUGUAUAUAUAUAUCUAUAUAUAGAUAUAUAUAGAUAUAUAGAGAGAGAAAGAGUCCAUCUUGGUAAAUUUUACAUGAAACCACUGAGUCUAAUUCUAAAAAGUCGAUGAAGUGCGUUGACAUUAACACGCCUCGACUCCUCCCUCACGGUCCCCGUCGAUACCGAGCUCCGGCCGAACAUGCCCGACCUCUUCGUUCAUCAUCAGUCAUUGCAGUCCGACUCGGUGGAGAAACUUUUGAGCAGUUCUAGGCCACGGCCAUAAUCUCAUUGCUUUCUGUCAGUUUAUUUCAGAAACGGUGGAGAGCUUUGAACCCUUUCCCCGUACUUUAUGAUGCUUUAUGUGUGUUACUUGGGAACAAAUCAAGUCCAAAGUGUUUCAUACGUGUCACUAGAUUAGGAUGCAUGUCAUUGUCCGUUGACAAGCGAUGUUGUAAAAGGGUCUUUGACCCUCCAGCAAAAGGGAAUGUUCACCAUGUUAAUUCAACAAAAUCCACUUUGCUCACAGGGAAAUCUUUUUUUAAGUUCAUAUGCAAGAGAGAUUUCACAUAAUAUUUUAGUUCUCCUUUUCAUUCCUUGGUACUGACUUACAUGUGCAACUGAGCUGAAAUGGCAGCUUUGAAUGGAAAAACCCAAAGGAGAUUUUAUUUUAUUUUAACUUUUACAACGACACAUCCACAAAAAAUUGGUAAAGUUACAAAAUGCAAGAAACAAUUGUGCCUUCUAAGCCACAACAUUUUGUAUCCUACGAAAGUGAGCAUGUUAUUUACAACGGCUUCAAAUGUGCUCGUUACUCUUGCACAUGUUUCACAGCAUUCUGUUACUUGUACUUGCGUGCAAUGCUUUGUUAAGGGUCAUCUUUUUCUAUUCAGUAUUCAGUUUUUUGCCUUGUAAAAAAACUUUUUUAUUUCUCUGGAACAUUGUUAUCACCGUUGCCUUAAUUGGACUGCAGCAGCAUUGCAGUCAGGUUUGAGCAAGUGGUCUGUGGUGUUUCUUUUUUUUAUCUAAAAACUAAAUUAAUGCGCCUCCCGUGCUCCGCUUUGUCACUUCUGCUUGCUACUGACUGAAAUGACUUGAAAACAGCUUUGCUAAAGUGACUUUUUUUCCUCUGAUCCAGUUGAACUUGCAGACGUACAGUCACAGCUCGUAUGACGAGCCCGACCGUGACGACGCUUUCAGCUUCCUCUCUGUACACGUUGUCUGUGUGUCCAACGUCGUACCAGAUAUAUUCCCCUCCAGUGUUUUAGAAUGCCGUUCAGUCACAUCCAUGCUGUGACUUAAUUCAUUGCACCAGCUGAUCUGUGACAUGCCCGCUGAAGAAAGGGGCCGGAUGUCCUCACAUCUGUCAUGAGUGGAGAAUGUGCAUGUUUCUUCCAUCAAUAAGUGAUUUGUCGGUGUACUUUCUUGUAGGAUUGCCAUUUGUGUGACGUCCGUCUUUAUAAAUGUUUUCUUCCUGUGAUUUCA